AUGAAUUGUGGUAAAUCACGCCGUGAAGAGUGUAGCGAAGAAUGUGCUGGAGGAAACACUGAAGAAGAAUUAGAAGAAUAUGCUGAAAUCUUCGAAAAUCUUGAAGAUUAUCGUAAUGACGCUAAAAAGAAUCGACCAAAAGGAAAAAAUGAAGUUUCAGAUACAGAAAGCGAUUCUGAUGAUGACGACGAUUCGGACGAUGAUGAUGAAGAUAGCGACAAUGAAAAAAUCAGUAGUAGUAAGAAGAAAAAACGCAAUGAUUCGGAUGAUGAUGAUUCUGAUGAUGACGAUUCUGAUGAUGACGAUUCUGAUGACGAUGAUGAUGAUGAAACUGAUGAUGAUGAUGAUGAUGACGAGGAAUCUGAUGAUGAUGAUGAUGAUGAAGAGGAAGAAGAAGAAGAAGAAGAAUCAGGAAAUUCAAAAAAUGUGAAAAGCAAAGCCAAGACUCAAGUCAAAAGCAAGAAUAGCAAUGAAAAAUCCAAAAAAUCCAAAAGUCAUAAAUAA